AUGUCGUUUAAUUUCUUAUACAACCGCCAUGAUCCCACACAGAAUACAUGGUCCACAGCGGCCGGCGACCAAAAAUCUCCUGCUACUGAUCAUGUAACUGCGUCUGGUCUGGCCCUGCAGCCGCCCGGCUUUAGGAAUCCUUGGUAUUCCCCUUCAAACUCCACUCUGCACAAAAACCAACCAGGCCAACCUCAGCCACCUCAGAUGUCGCUACUAGGAACAAAGAAACAGUCAUUUGCUAACAAUCUUCCGGUGACAUACGAAGAUGGGGACCAACAGAACGCAGCGCUGUACAUCCACCCACCUCCCCGUGCUGAUAAUCCCUUCAAUCACUAUUACACAAACCAGGAGGUUCUGCUCAACCACUUUCCCGAUCGCCGUAUGUCUGCUGCCGUCGACGGAUCGCUCUACAACCCUUAUAAUAACCCGUUCCAGCCCGUCAAUGGAGCAAACAAUGCUGCCACACAAAUGCUCCCUACAGGUGUAGCUGGAGGAAGCAUGUUUCUGAACAUGGGGGGAGCCAUGGCGGCGCGCCGCUCCUCUGUCGCUGUUGGCUCAUCCCAGUACCAGGGCGAACACUUGAAUAACCGGUUUUUCAAUGCCCAAUUGGACAAUAGCCUGCCUGGUGCAUCUUAUUACCACAUGCCCCGUCCACCGUCUCCACCGAAAGCGGUGGCUAAAAUGGUGCGCGUCCGCAAUAAGGGAGACUUGAAGCCGAAGAGCCACAAUCAGCCGAAGUAUAGAAGACGGUCUGUGAAUGCUAUCCACAUAUCUCCUACUAACGCAUUGUCUGUCUACUUGACGGAGUCCUUCUCCAUGUGUCAGCCCCAAAAGUUCCGUUACUGCAAAACCACCAACCCUAAACGUGUCUUGACAAAACCUUCAGAACCCAAAUACAACAACGGUUGUGACAACGAAGAUAGUGACUAUAUCUUAUAUGUGAAUGACAUUUUGGGCCAAGAAGAGGGUCGAAAAUAUGUCGUACUCGACUUGUUGGGAUCAGGGACCUUUGGUCAAGUAGUGAAAUGCCAGAAUUUGGCAAAUCAAUCAGUUGUGGCGGUGAAAGUUAUCAAGUCAAAACCAGCAUAUUUGAAUCAGUCCUUAUCUGAAGUCAAGCUCUUGGAGUUUUUGAAUCAGAAUAGUCGGAGCAAUAGCUUCAUUAGACUAUUAGAUACUUUCAUGCACCGCGAUCACCUAUGUCUUGUCUUUGAAAUCUUGGCUUCCAAUUUGUAUGAGCUCAUAAAACAGAACCAGUUUCAUGGUCUUAGUAUGAAAUUGGUAAAGUCUUUUACCAGGCAGUUAUUGGAUGCUUGUGCCCAGCUAAAGAACUUCCAGAUAAUACACUGUGACUUGAAACCUGAAAACAUACUUUUAUGUCAGCCAGAUAAACCAGAUAUUAAAGUCAUUGAUUUCGGAAGCGCUUGUUUUAAACGGCAAACGAUUUAUUCUUACAUCCAGUCGCGGUUUUAUCGCUCUCCUGAAGUAAUCCUAGGGCUUCCUUAUACUGAGUCUAUUGAUAUGUGGUCCUUAGGGUGUAUAGUGGGAGAGUUGUUUCUCGGGCUUCCAAUGUUUCCAGGUUCCUCAGAGUAUAAUCAGCUUUACAAAAUCAUUGACAUGUUGGGUGAUCCUCCAAGACAUAUGAUUGAUGUGGGGCGUAAUUCUCUAAACUUCUUCGAGAAAAUCCCACCUACUGAAGAAAAUGGGAAACCAACAUAUCGGUUAAAGACACAUGAAGAAUACUUGGAAUUUGUGCGACUCUCAAAAGGCAAAGAAGACUUGAACAAGGCAGAGCUGCCUAAUAAAAACUACUUCAAUCAUCGGUUGCUCAAGGAUAUCAUUUUAAAUUACAAAAUGCCUUCCAGGAAAAUGACGCAAUCGAUGAUUGAUAAGGAGUACAAGGACCGUCAUUUGCUAGUCGACUUUUUGUCAAAGGUCUUGAAUCUUAACCCGCUUGAACGUCUUACACCACAAGAGGCCCUCAAGCAUCCUUUUGUCAAUGAUUCAGUUUCUGCAGAUACACAUUCAAUGUCUCCUAUUUCAACUGUUUUAUCUACUGCAUCUCCUUCCAAAACACAGUGUUGA